AUGGAAAAUAAAUUUGUAAAGAUUACACCUGAACCUCUUAUUCUUCAAGAUAUUGUAGAUUUAGUAAAAGAUGACAGUGCGGGUGCUAUUACUACUUUUAGUGGAACAACUCGUAAUACUUUUAAAGAUAAAAUAGUUGUCCAAUUGGAUUAUGAAGCAUAUAUUCCAAUGGCAGAAAAGAUUUUAUUGUCAAUGAUUGAUGAAAGUAGAUCAAAAUGGAAUUUAAUAAAAGUGGCAAUUUAUCAUCGUGUUAAUACUGUACCUGUUGGUGAAACAAGUGUUAUAAUAGCUGUUUCAAGCGCUCAUAGGCAUGAGUCAAUUCAUGCAGUUGAAUGGUUGAUUGAUCAAUUGAAAGAUAAAGCACCAAUUUGGAAAAAAGAAAUUUACAAUGAUGGAAGUGUUUGGAAAGAUAAUAAAGCAAUCUCUUGA